AUGAACGAUAACAAAGUAACGAUCGAACUCACUGGAGGAACGCGGAAUGAAAGUUCAAGAGACUACGAAGAGGAGGAGAAAAUCUCAAGGGUAACUUUGCCCAUGCAGGGCAAUGCUGAAACCAAUAAAAGACCUACGACGCCUGCUGUUAAUCAACGGCGGUCCACUGAAGAUCUGGUUCACGCGCCAGAAUUGCAAACUCGUUCAAACGAAAAACAAACCAAAAUUUUCAAUGAACUUUCCUCUCGCCUCAACGCGGUUGAAAACGAAAAAUGGAAGCUUCUGCGGUCGCUCGACUCUUGUCAUCUAGGACUGGACGAGGUGAAGAUGAGACUGGAAAUUCUGGAUCGAGAAUUGAGGAAAAAGGCGGGUAUUUUCGAACACAGGGUGGCGGUGAACAACUGGAGCAAGCAAAUGCAAGAACUGAGAAAUGAGCAGCGGUACAGUAUCCAGCGAAUCGAAAGUCAUGCUUUAAAAUCGAGUCACGCCAUCGCGGAAAUGGAGACCUCAUCGGCAAGGAUUGCCGGUGACCUGGAGGUGGAAAAACAGGCCAACGCACAACUGAGAACCACCUACAACAGAAUGGUAGUUGAGAACACUCGACUGAAGCAAAUGCUUAUGAGCAUGUCGGAGAAGUGCGAGAAAACCGAACUUCUUCUGGAAGACUUGCUGGAGGCCGCGAAGAGGCUUUUGCAAAAGAGCCUUGAAGAUGAGGAAGGUUGGCAACAGGAGAAAACGAUGCUGCUCGAAAAGUUAGAACGAUACGAUGCGGAAUGCAAGGAACUGACCAAGAACAACCACCAGCUGUUGAGCUUCAAGGCUAAGGCGUGUACGAAGCUUAGGGAAGCGAAAGCACUUCUAUCGAAUGCCCCUAGUUCAUGA